CACAUAGGUCCUGAGUCCAGCUGAAUAAGUCCCUCACCUGCUUUGAUCACCUAAAAAGUCAUCAUGGUCUUGCUGAGUCUGUGUCAAACAUCCCUCACGGUGCUCCGGCAGAUCGAGCCGGUGAUUGUACUGGAGGAGCUGGCAAACACUCUCUUCAACACUGCCCAUAGGAUGGUGGUCAAGGAGCGAACCGCAAACCUAACCUACCCUGACACCCAUCUCUCCAGGGAGGACAGCCAACAGAAAGCCAUGUCCGACUUUUUUAUGACUUUCAACCUCAUCAUCACACUGACUCCGAUUUUACCUGCACUGCUCCUGGCAAGGUUUGGCGACCGUGGCUGGAGGAAAGUCCCCAUCGUGGUGCCUCUGUGUGGGUUCCUUCUGCUCAGGUUUGCGCUGCUGCUGGUUGUCAUCUUCCAGCUUCCUCUGGAGCUCAUGUUCGGUGCGGCGGUGCUUUGCGGGCUGUCCGGGGGAUUCUGUGCGUACUGGCCGGGCGUCGUGACGCUGGCGUCGCUUGGCUCCACGGCGGCUGACCGGUCCAAGGUUGGUGUUUUCUCUGAUGCAGAAAAAAUAAUGCAAUCUUAAUGAAUUUCUCAUGACUGUAUCCAUUUGUGGUUUCGUUGCCUUUAACAACAGGUUAUUGCAUACAUGCAAAUCAGCUUGUUUAUUGGAGCUCCUGAGUUCUUACAGAUCAAAAAGCAAAGACAAAAACUAUUAGUUAAUAAUUCAUUUUUGCAGUGGCGUAUUCAGGUCGUUUAGAUAGCUACGUUCAACUUGACUGGCCAAGGUGGCUAGUAUAUAUAUACUGAAUUUAUUUACAAGAUACACUGUUAAAAAACGACAAUCUAUUCACAAGAGUUUGUAUUCUUAAUUGGGUGAACAUGAAAAUUGUAUCAGGAUCCUGAAUUGAUUGUUUGAGCAACUGAGUUCAUUAUAAAGAGCCUCUACAGCUACUGUUUGUCCUCAGCUCAUUAGUAAAUCUUUCCUUAAUUUAAAUCAGGUGGCUCUAAUAUCCUCCUGUUUGUUAUUUUAGCUUUUAUAUACACCAACCAGUCACAGCAUGAAUGCCUAGGAGAUGCCUUGUUUAUUUUUCUCACGGCUUAUUAAAGCUCCAAUUAAAAGUAUGUUUUCUCUUCAGGUAAUAAUGAGAGUGGAGGUGCUGUAUGGGGUGGCAGGUCUAGUGGGCAGCCUGGUUUCAGGUCAUCUCUUCCAGCUGUACAGUGCCAGUCUUGGACAUGGAACACUCCUGCUCGGUUUGAGUACGCUGCUGUCCCUGCUCUGCCUCGUAGAGUCCAUAUUCCUGCGACAGGUCAGUGUGUGUAAGAAGAUAAAUAAGAAAUGGUUAAGUUUAUGCUCAGAAAUUAUAGGACUUAAAUGUCACAUAUAAAUAAAAAGAAAGUUUCUACUCCAUAAGAGCCAUAGUUAUGGUCUAAAAGUUCCAAAAGAAGUUACCAAAUGGGUCAAAGUCACAAGUUUUAACAAGUUUGUCGACAGUUUGGAAAUUGCCCUCAACAUCAAUAAAGCAUCCAUCCAUCCAUCCUUAAACGGAGUCCUAUCAGAUAGUGUUUUUAGCAAUGUUUUCAAAUGUAUGUUUAUCUCAAUUCAAGGUGAAACCAGAGUGCAACACUGAGCCAGAUGAAAACUGCCAGCUCCUGUAUCCUGACUCCAGUGAAGGGCCUGUGCAGGCUCUUGUUGGGAUAAACAAGGUAAAUGUGGCCCUGCUGUUUGUGGCUGCUGUCCUGUACAUCUCUGCAGCAUUAGGGUCCAUGGACAUACUGGGAGUCUUUGUGCUGAAGGCGCCACUUAGUUGGACCGCCACUCAGGUAACAUUUUGCCCUAUUUGUAUGAACAUGCUUUGGAUUGGUGAUUGAUUUCUUGCACCAAUAUUGGUACCUUUACAUGACUUGUUUCGCUUACCCUCUCUGCCUGCAGGUGGGUUAUGGGAAUGCAGCAGGCUGCAUGAUAUUCCUCACCAGUUACCUUGGUGUUGUGGUGUUUCGUCGCUGCGUCAGUGAUGUGACGCUCAUCCUGGUCGGCAUGAUAUCAUUCGCUUCAGGAAUUUACUUCAUGUCCUUCGUCACGACAACCUAUUAUUUCUACCUGGGUAAGAAAAAGCAUCUUUGAUCAAGGCACAGUUUGUGGUGAAUAAAUGACCAAUGGAAAUUUAGAUCCUCUCAACAAAAUUCAUGCUUGUUCGUAAACAGAGCCGAGAAGUCCACCUCAUUCAACCCAAAGUAUAACAUGGCAACUUCAGAUGUUCUUUUACAAAUAUUAGUAUAAGAUACUUAGCAAGAGAAAAAAACAUCUUCCUAGAUUCCAGUAUUCCUGCUUGAUAAAUCACACCAUGACUCAAUCUGUAACUCCGCUUAAGCCAACACGGUUUUUAUCAGUAAGGCAUCCUCUGUUUGCAACUGAAUAGCAGUGGGAAACAAUGUCUAUGUAUGAAGUAAUGACUCUAAUGGUUCAAGUCAGGCCAUGAGCAGUGAAAUUUGAGCGGCUCUAAGUUUCAUUUUCAUUUAACCAAAUACACUAAAAACAAGGCGUUCCAGUGAUAUUGGUUUUUGAGGCUUUGGUCAGCUGAGGUUGGAAUAGAGAACUGAUUUGGUGUCAUCUGUGCUCUGACGCUUCCUUUUAUGACUGAUGUAGGUCACAAGCAUCACCUUUUAGAGAGACAAAGACACAGCUUGUAUUCUUUAUCCAUCAACAGACAGCAGGUAAUAAUUUGGCAGUACAGUGUUAGUGACAUGGCGAUCUGGGAGAGGGACAGACAUGUAAGCAGAAAUGUGUUAGUACUCGUGUUUUAACUUGUAAGGGUUUCUUAGGUAGUGUGGACAAAUAACACAGCAGAAACACCUAAAAUGUUCAUUAACUGCAUUUACAAACUGUCCCCAUUAGAGACCUGACAUCACCUGACAAAUUGAAUCAAAGUGCCUGAUGGUUGUGGUGAUUGGCGGUGUAGGCAGGAAAACUGUGGAUAAAGUAAGAACAAAAUUGAAAUGUUUGUGUUCGUUUCCUGAAACAGCUCGCUUACUCAACAUGUUCGCACUCAUCCCGCUGCCAACUAUCAGAUCUCUGGUCUCACUGCAGGUACCACCAUCCUCCUGUGGUAAGUAUGUAAUCUGUGUGUAUAAAGAUAGGUGUGAAAAGGUGACAAAUCUAUGAAAACAGGCGGUUAAAAUAAAGCAAUACCGGUGAUGGUUUCAGCACAUUAUCUGUCAAAAUAAACAGAGUAUUUCAAACAGAACAGCAUGAACUUCAGAUUUUUAAUAUGAGCUACAUCUUUUAAUCCGUCAAUCAGGCACCACCCUAGCCUUCCUCCAGGUGGCUCUGGAGUUCGUGAGUCUGGCGUACAUUCCUGCUUUCACCAAAAUCUAACAGGGGACCCUGAACUGGUUCCCAGGCUUCGUCUUUGUACUUGCCAGCAUUGUAACAGUCCUGGGAAUGAUACCCAUCAGGUAGGCUGUGGGCUAUAUGAUGUUCCUACCACAGAAUAUUUGUUUAGUACUUGUAUUUUCAUUGUAUUUAUUUUUUAUUCAAGUGCAGUUAGCCUAAUCUGUCAAGAGAUGUAUUGUACUUUGUUCAAAUAUGGUUUAAUUAGAAUCAGAAAAUAAUAACUUAACAUCUUUUUUACUUGAAUUAUAAACCCUGAAUAAUCCUAACCUUCUCUCCAUCUGUCUCUCUCCAGUAUAUUCGGCUGUAGAUUGCCUCACAGGCAACAGAAGGAGAGGAUUCUGGGAGACUGAUGGUACUGACCUCAGCAGCGAUUUUAUGUCUGUGUUAGUAUGAGACAGACUGAAGUUACAAAAGAAAUGGGCAGAGGGAAAAUUGCACCUUUAAAAUUCUUAUGAUUGUAAAAUGAAACAGCCGGAAGUUUGAUGUCACAUGAGUGUUUAGUAUUGAAAAAUAUGAGUAGUGUGAUGAGUUUCAUUGAGAUUAGGCAGGUUUGUGCAACUACUUGCAUAGAAAUAA